CAGUUAUCAGUUGGUCACUUUACUGUAUGUACACCAAUGUUCAAGUUCAAUUUUCGAUUUUAAAUAAUUUGAAUUGUUUAAAUAUAAUAUUUUGACUAAGGUUCUGUUUAUAGUAAUUGAGGUAUAGAUUUUAAAGAUUUAUCUAUAGACUUACUUUUACAUUUUCAAUAUAUCUGAUAUUUGCUCAGUUUAAUAUGUCAGAAUUGUCGGUGAAGACCAAUGACAAUGUCACAUUAUGUGUUUUGGUAUCUGAUGAAAAUCCAGAACUAAAAUUUAUACUACUGGACAAUGAACCUUUAAUAUUGGGUAGAACACAACAGACAGGAAUAAUCGAUCAAAGAAUGUCAAAAAAUCAAAUGAAAUUUGUAGCUGACUAUUCUACGGCUCGAGUAUUGGUUGAACAAUUAGGUGGUAACAAGUCGGCUGUUAAUAAUGAAUCUAUGAUAAAAGGAGAAAAGAGACUUUUAAACCACGGAGACAAAGUGGCAUUGUUGUUUAACAGCAAUUAUACAUAUCAUUUAGAUUUUGUAACACCUCCUACUUAUGGUGUAGACUCCAACAAAAGAACAACCAAUUGUUUAGAUAAAGAAAUUUUACAUAAAAAACCUCGCUCAAGUUCUACACCUAAAUGGGACUGUAUAAAUGAUUCGUUAAUGGUGUAUAAUAAUCCAAAUAUUGUUCAUAAAGAUAAAGUAGCUGCAUUUGAUUUAGAUGGAACACUUAUUGUUACUCGAUCUGGUAAAGUGUUCCCCAUUGACGAGAAUGAUUGGAACAUUUAUAACCCUGAAGUUAUUACAUCUAUUAACAAAUUGUCAGAUGACGGUUACAAAAUAGUGAUAUUUACUAAUCAAGGAAGUAUUUCAAAGUUAAAAGUAAAUUUUCAUACAUUUAAAAUUAAAAUUGAAAAUAUCCUCAAAGUACUCAAAGUACCAGUUCAAGUAUUUGUAGCCAUUGAAAAAGAUAUAUACAGAAAACCUGCACCAGGAAUGUGGAAUAUUUUGAUCUCUGAUUACAAUGGAGGUAUAUCAGUUAACAUGGAUGAAAGUUUUUUUUGUGGUGAUGCAGCGGGUCGGCCUGCUCGUUUCAGUUCUGAUGGCAAACCAAUUAAAAAAGACCAUUCAUGUUGCGACCGCUUAUUUGCCAUGAAUAUUGGAAUCAAAUUUUAUACUCCUGAAGAGUACUUUUUAAAAGCACCUACUGAAGAACUGUAUGCAUUACCAGAAUUUAAUCCAAAUGACAUUAUGGAUAAUGUCCUCUAUACAGAUUUAACACCCCAAGUUUUGUUUUCUCCUAAUAAAGAAAUGAUCAUAAUGGUUGGCUGUCCUGGAUCAGGGAAAAGUUAUUUUGCAUCAAAUAAUUUAUUCUUUCAUGACCAUAUGAAAAUAAUUAGCAGAGAUACACUGGGCUCAUGGCAAAAAUGUGUUGCUAUGACUAAAAAAUACUUAAGUGGUAGUAGUCGUAGUAUAAUAAUUGACAAUACAAAUCCUGAUAUUGAAUCAAGAAAACGCUUCAUUGAUAUAGCUAAAAGUUUUAAAAUACCAUGUCGAGUAUUUUUAAUGAAUGUAUCCAAAGAUCAUGGAAAACAUAAUAACAAAGUGAUGCAGUAUUUGAUUCUAAUGGUUAAAGGUGACAUGAAUCAAAAAUGGCUGAAAACUACUGCUCUAGACAGUAGUUUCGAAGUGAACAUUUUUCUCAUUACAUGGUAUCCACGAUUAGGUUAGGUUAAAAAAACCAUCUGUUGUAAAUCUUCUAACAAAGCUUCGGAAUGUGGAUAAUAAUGGGAAUUUAACUUUCAAAUAAUUAAAAUAUUAUCUAGACAUUAUCUAAUUUGUUCAUUACUAUACUAUAAAAUUUAAUUUCUAUAUAAUUGGUUAUACCUAUCUUAUAUAAUAUAAAAAUAAGUUAUAAAAAUUGUAUAAUGUAUUUACAAAUUUGGUGACAGUCUAAAUGUAGAACUGGCAAGAUCUGUAGAACGUUUACCAAAGUAGUGCCCAAAUUUUUAUGCAUUUUAAAAAGUAUGUUUCCUUUAUUAUAUUUUAAGUUUAUUUUAUUAUUCAAAAAACUUUGUUUUUGUUAAUUUUUGAAAAAUUCAAACUAUUAGGGAAGUUUUUUUUAU